AUGAAUAUAGCUUAGUUAGUCUCUCCGUUAUUGAGUUCGUAGAUAUCAUAUUCAUAUUAUAAUCAACAAGGAAACCACAUAAUUAACAAGUAUAAAUCUCAUUCAUAUUCUCCCUAGGCUGACUAAGGAUUCUUAGGCGAUAGGGGAGAUAUUAACUAAUAAUUUCCAAUCUCAAUGA